AUAUAUUACGUAGCCUGUCCCGUGACUCUUAGUUAAAGAAUUAUUCAGUUAUCUGACGGUCAUAUUGAGCACUUGUUGCGUGAGUAUACUGAAUAUGGACAGAUAUCACGUACGUCAGGAAAGGCAGGCCGAGAGGCAAGAAGCACGCUUAAAUAGAAAGGAAGCCAGACUACAUGUCAAAGCAGCCAAAGCUGCCAUGCGUGGUAACAUUGUGAAAGCUGGUUGCAUUGAGGCCAAAGCUUAUGAUGUUCACCAGCGAGCUGACGCUGCUCACAUGCGAGCAGAUGCCCAUCAUUAUUCGGCUCACAAUCCAAGUCAUCAUCACUGUCACCCAGCAGGUUGCAAGUCUCAUUGUGAUAGAGUUGGGUACACUCAGCCUCACUGUCAUGGAGUAACUGUAGUACAUCAUUACAGUAAUUCAUCUCCUGAGAGAUAUCCAACUGGAACCAUACCACCACCCAGUUAUCCCAUGGGUGCUGUUCCACCACCUCAACAGCAACCGGUCGCAUACCCACCAUACCCACCACAAACCAGUUACCCAAGUCAACCACCUAAUGCACCUGCAUAUACUCCAUACCCCAAUAACCCUCCACCAGCGUAUUCAGGAUACCCAGCUGAGACCAAAUACCCUUAUCCGAAUUAGAUAUAAUGUAAUCUAAGCAUCAACACUUAAGCAUGGAGUGUAAUUUACAAUAUACAACGCUGAAGACAGACUAGAGCAAUAUGGGCUGACAAAUUUUACUAUGUGACAUCAUUUAACUUUUUUUUAGACAUUUUC